AUGCACUUUUAUCCCAAAGCACGAGAGCAGCGGCCUAGCAUACAUCAACCGUCUGUUCGGCCGCGUCGAUUUGCUCUACUGAAAGCUGCGGCUGUCAAUCUUCUGCUUCUCCAAUUUCUGUUUCUGGGCUUAUUCUGCUACAUCUUUGGAUCUGUCUUCCAGCAGUCCGGACACAUCCACAAUAUCAAUGUCUUGUUUGUCGACUACGAUGGCGGCGCAAUAGCAGAUGCGACCCGCACCGCAUUCCAGAAGCUCAAGGGGCCUGGCUUCCCAACCUUGAUUGAGCGACCUUCCUCUGCGUACCCCGAACCUGGCUCUAUUGAAGGCGCAGUCUGCGAUAUCGACUACUGGGGAGCAUUGUAUACCACAGCAAAUGCUUCCAAUGCGUUAACUGCCGCACUCUCGGGCGGAGCAGCUGCAUCUUCAUACAACCAGAAUAAUGUUCUGACAAUGGUGUGGAAUGAAGCGCGCUACCCAACUGUGGCAGACGCGGCUCUCCAGAGCAGCUUGAAAUCACUGUCGGAAACUGCACGGGUCGCGUACUUGCAGGCGAACGGAAAAUCAGCCUUGCAAACUUUGAACAGCUCAGAUCCUGCUGCGCUCGCAGCGUUCUACGAGCCUUGGACUUUAGCUGACAAUAACAUUCAGCCCACAUCACAAGGGUCAAGAGUCAUCUACAAUACGCUGGUUAUCGUUUUGAUCCUGAUCCAAGAAUUCUUCUAUCUGGGCACUGUCAACGGUUUGUAUAUACAGUUUAAACUCUACACGUCAGUAUCGCCCCAUCGAAUCGCGAUCGCACGCCAACUCAUCUCUGCGGUCUACACCCUUGCAGGAUCCCUGUGCACAACUGGUGCUAUCUGGGCAUUCCGCCAUGGAUGGGAUGUCAACGGAAACCAAUUCGUACUGUCUUGGAUGGCGUUGUGGCUCUUUGCGCAUCUGAAUUUCCUUGUGCUGGACGUAUUCACCAUUUGGAUUCCACCUCCUUACGUGCCGAUGGCGCUGAUAUCCUGGGUUAUCUUGAAUGUUACCUCGAUCCUCCUGCCGUUCGAGCUGUCCCCUGGCUUCUACAAAGUAGGCUUUGCCUUACCAGCACAUUCUAUCUUCCAGAUACUCGUCGACAUCUGGUCUUCGGGUUGCAAUCCCCAACUUUAUUUCUCCUUACCCGUUCUUUUCGCCUUCCAAAUUGUUGCUGGAACUUUGAGCACGAUCGGUGUCUAUCGAAGGGCUCAUUAUGCGUGCAUCAAGCAAGAGAUGGAGGAGAAGGAUUGCAAAGAGCGGAUAACUGCCGCAAUCCUUGAGCAACAGCAGGCUCAAGCUGUGCAACCAGAAACCAUGCACGAUGCAGAACGGCGCGAAACAUCGGAGAGUGAGAAUGAGGGAGAUGGCGCGAUUCAAAGACACGGCGCUGUCCCCGCUAUUGCAGACCAGCCGGAGUUGAUGGAUAUUAUUCGCCGCGAGAUUGCCCGGCCAAAGACUGAAAGCACAGGCACCAGCCGGGAUAUCACCGGGCCUUCUUUCGCAUUGGCUUACAAAGACCGAGGCGUUUGA